GUCGUUUACUUUACUUUUAUUCCUUGUUGUCUUUGCACACCAAUCUGUCUAUUCACUCGACAAACCCUCGAAUCCUACGUUCAUGUCCUGUCUUCAGAUUAUGUCUUACUCUUUUUGAAUCUCUCUCUCCCUGUGGUGAUGUCUCUGGGUCGAUCGGAAUUCGCCGACGGCGUCGCGGCACGGAGUCUCAGCGAGAUUUCGGAGGUCGACGCUGUCCGAAUCGGCGUCGAUCUCGUGUCGGCCGCGAGACGAUUCGUCGCGUUCUUGAGGUCUGUUGGAGACUGUCAAUGGCUUCAUCACCGACCCGCCAUUGCCGAAGCUGUCAGAAGGUACGAUGAGCUGUGGAUGCCGUUGAUUUCUGAUCUAACGGUUGGUUUGAAACCUCCGAUGAUUCUUCCUCCUCUUGAUGUUGAAUGGGUUUGGCUCUGUCACACCUUAAACCCUGUGAGUUACAGGCAAUACUGUCAAAACAGAUUCUCGAAACUUAUAGGAAAACCGAUGAUUUACAAUGAGGAAAACGAGGAUUAUGCGGUUUUACAGUGCAAGAAAAUAUGGGAUAAAAGAUACCCGGAUGAGAACUUCACGAACGAAACCGAUCAAGAUGCCCCUGAACCCACCAUUUCCAUGGAUGAGGAAAUCAUUGCUCUGGUUGAGAAGCAGAGGUUUCUGUGUGAGAAGUUCUGUGCACCAUACAUGUCGGAGGUCGUGUAUUUGAUCGCUGCUCGGUUGAGAUACAAAGGAUUCUUGCUGAUACUGCAGAAAUUCGGGGACAAGAUUUCCCGUCUCGUUCCAGCUUCUGAUAUACUGCUUAUGUGGCUCACACAUCAGAGCUACCCGACGGUAUAUGCAGAGGAUGUUCACGAUAUGUGGGAAGAUAUGGAAAAGGUGAUCGGGGUUGGAGAAUCUGUAGAGAAGACGGAUUUGGAGACAACGAAAGAACUAUGGGAUAGAAACUUCAAUCAACCGUAUGAGAAGGCUGGUGGCGAAUUGGACGUAAUACGGAACGAGCCUCCUUUCUCCGAACCCCCGUUUUAUUGGCCUGUCUCCGAUAUAGAUGUCAACACCGUGUAUAAGUCCGUUCUACCGAGAUUCUUCUUGGAGCUCUGUAUCUUUAUAAGGCUUAACCCGAAAGCGGAAUCAUCUGAAAUUAACCCGAAAACACGUAGUUUCCUGCGUCUGAGGUUGCCUAGAUGUCACCGGAAGCUGAGGCUCGAUAAAAAAAUUUCCGAUUUUGCCCCCGAUACCACGUGGCAGAAAGCCUGGCACCUUUACUGUGAGUUUGGGACUCGAGGGGUAGUUCUGGAAUUCCGGUGUCGCCGCCGCCGAAGGAGCAUCUGCUUCAGAACCAGCAGACAUAUGGAGACGACAGGGUUUGCAUGGAACGAUUUGCUCAGAGCUCAUUCCCUCUCUUUGGGAAGGUUUCUUGGUAAACAAGUUAGGGUCUUUGCCUCGGUUACACCCCCGGUUCAAGCCCCAUACCUGUUAAAAUGUGUACCGGAUCGGGUUACUGAUGAUUCGGGCAUUGUGAUUUCUGAUUCGGUUCAAAGUACGAACAAUUUCCGGCCUCAGGAAGGACGAUGGCUUACACGAACUGUUUUAGACCACUCAGGGAGGGAAUGCUUCGUUGUCCGUAUCCGGGUAGGGAGAGGAGUUUUCAAACGUGGAUGCGAAGUUCCAUCCCCUGUUAAAUUGGAGGAACGUGUAACAGAGAUACGAGAAGGUUCUUGGUCUUCUUUAGAGGGUUCGACCGGUAAAGCUCCCGCGAAGGUUGUCGGGACGGUGACGCCUAAAGAACCUCCUGAAGAUUGGAAAUCGGCAUGGGAGUUUUCAACCGGAGAUGAUUUGUUGAUUCGAUUGGACUCAUCGGGAUCAAUCUCAGAACUCGGAUUACGUUCGAGAAACGAGACAAGCCCUGGUUCAUCAGUUAGGUUAUUACCGGGAAGGAGAAUGCAAUACCGAAACCGAACCGAUGAAGACGAUGAGAGCUUCGUCACGGUCGUUAGGUCAACGAAAGAAAACCAAACCGGAAGAGCGACCGCUCUGGUCGAUUGGAAGCGCCAAGCGGCGGAAUUUUCGCCCGAGGAAGACUCGGUUUUCAUAUUGAUGUUAUCGGUUUCGAUCCUCAGAAGUGUAACCGAGAAGAGAAGAGAAGAUGUGGGUAAAUUAUUGGUACGGAGGCGGAUAACCGAAGCUAGAACCGGUGAACGAGAUUGGGGAUCGGUUAUAAUCGACGGUUCAUCUUCUGCUUCAUCUUCUCCCUUUGUGGAACCGUGGUACCGGAAUGCCGGUAAGGUUCUGGCGACGGAGGAGAGAAAUCCGGCGACUAGAUAUCCGGUGAUGACCUACUCUAAUGUGGACGGUGGCGAUAGUUUGUACAAGCACGUAAUAUUCGGGUGAGAUUUGGUGAAUCUCGUACCGGAUUUGGAAUGUAUGAUUGUAUUUCUUAACCAAACUCCUAAAAAGAUUAUAGUAAUUUAUAUUGAAAUCGAGAUUUCCUUCGAAUGAAGGAGAAAUUUUUUCA